AUGAACUCUAUGAAGGAUCCAUUGAAUUUGGACCAUCACCACCACCACCACCUAACCGGGACUAAACUCUCCUCCACGCACCACACGGUACUAGCAAUGGCCUCUAGUCUGCAGCCGUUGCAGCGGUCUGUGGACUCCAAACACCGGUUAGAGGUGCACACAGUAUCAGACACCUCCAGUCCGGAGUCCGUAGGUAAGAAUCACCCCGUGGUGCAGAGUACUGUCAGCACAUGGCUUUGAGAGGAGGGAUGGCCGUUUUUCUGUUGAUAGGAAACAUAAGAUGUCUCCCUACAGCCUCUCUCAACAAAGGCAGUUUGAGACCGAGGACGUUAUUAUUUUAUGUCUGCAAAUAGUUAAGCUAUUGGACAGACAGAGGAUUACUCUCUUUUUGACUAUGCAGAUAUUGUGAUUGCGCCAGUAAUUGGUUCCAUAAGUUUCAGGGAACUUGUUGUUACUUUCCUAACCACCUUUGACUCCGGUGAAGUUAUAUAUCUUUUUCUCAUAAUGUGUAAUGUAUUUACGCAUAUUUUCAUAAGUGUAAUAAUUAUAAUCAGACAUUUACAUUGUUUAAAUGUAAACCUAUAUUCGAUGAAUUACAAAAUGUAUAAACGUUUUGAAAUACCAUUUGUAUAGUAUUACCAUUGUGCAAAUAAAACAAAACAAUCAAUUUCAUGCUGACAUUGUUUUGUAGUCACGUUGUAGGCUAUAUUAACUAAUUUGCAUGUAGCCUACAUGCUUCAAAUAAGGAAUCGUUACAGUAUUAGUAGUUUUACCAUGAGAGUAACAUUUGAUCCAAAGGUUUUUAAAUGGGUUCCAAUUUUACGAGGAUACCUCUUAUAAUACCACCCAGAAUAGGCUACUUCAUGCCUUUGACCAACCCGACGAUGACUGAUGUAGUAUUUGUUUAAUGUCUCCACAGAGAAAGACUCAAAGGGCCAGAGCAAAACUGACGACUCUUCAGAUGAUCCUUCUAAAAAGAAGCGACAGCGGCGACAGAGGACUCACUUCACAAGCCAGCAGCUACAGGAACUGGAGGCCACGUUCCAGAGGAAUCGCUAUCCGGACAUGUCUACAAGAGAGGAGAUAGCGGUGUGGACCAACCUCACAGAGGCCCGCGUCAGGGUAAGGCCCUUAAGAAAAAACAAACACCAUUCAUGUGUAUAAUUUCGGGUGAUUUGUGCCACUCAUAUAUGGAGCUGAGGCAAGGAUGUGUAUUAUUUCGCAGGGAAUUUAGGCACGCAUAAUUACGCACUGCCAAAACAUGUUGUCUUAGGGAAAUAAAGUUGCAUUCAUAAUAUCCUUGGUAGUUAAUAGGCUGCCUAAAAAACAAAUACUCAGACAGGUUAUUCUUUACAAUUAUAUGAGUCAAUUAACAAGUCACAAAAUAGUAAAAUACCAUACAUUAGAUGGCUACGCCUAUAAUGUAUUGUUUUUUUAGAAAAUCUAUAAUGAUAGGCCAUCCACCUACUUUACGCAUAUAUUUUUCCAUGUAAAACUGUCAAUAUCUCUGCAGUGGAUUAAAUGGGAAUGGAUUAAAUAUACACAUUUCCUAUAUUUAGGCUAUAAUAUCACAGUAUUGUAGGAUAUCUGACAUUGCUGAUAACUACAUAAUUAGGUUGUUAUUAGUUGUUUUAGAAAACAAAGCAUAAUUACAGGCUAAUAAACGUGUUAGCUGUUAGGACUAUUAACAUUCACCGCUGACAGAUACCAAUCUUGUUACUAUGUUCGUGUGAAUGAGGUGCAACGCUUGUAUUUUGCGUUUGUCACUCUCGUGUUGUAUAAUAACGUCUUUGUCUCAGUAUAUGGAGGAAUACACAUCUUCAGACACCACAUUAAGAUGGUCCAACGACAGUUAGGAACGCUGUAUGUGUAUUGGGAUUCUAUUGGAAUCAGGGCAGAAUGCUCUGCAUGAGAGAAAGUGACUCAAUUAGGCCUUGUAGAGUUGCAAUCCAACAUAUGAUUGUAUAUGCUUUUCAAGCAAUACCUUGUUUUGAUUAUGUAAAUUAUUAAAAGUUUGAGAAUAACUCGUUAAAGAUUUUUGGCAUAUCCUGUGUUAACAAUUUUAGUUGUAUAUUUAUAUAUUUUUUGCAUAUUUAUAAGGUCGAGAUUUGUCAUUUGUGAGAAAUUAAUUUAAUUGAUUUACAGUCUGAUUUUGACUUAAGACACAUCUGAAGGCCACACAUGAAUACCACAUCUGGUUCCUUGCAGACCAAUUAGGCUACCCAUCAAUUACAUUUUUGUAAAUUGCACAGGAUAGCCAACAAGUCCUAAAAUACUUACGUUGGCCUGUUGGCUAUAAAAUAAAGCGCAUGGGGUCUACAUAUUGCAUUAAUAGCCUAUUAUCAAAUUCUGAACUCAUAUUUUUCUUUGUCGUAGGUGUGGUUCAAGAACCGGCGAGCAAAAUGGAGGAAAAGGGAAAGAAACCAACAAGCCGAGCUAUGCAAGAACGGCUUCGGUCCUCAGUUCAAUGGACUUAUGCAGCCCUAUGAAGACAUGUACCCCAGCUACACAUACAACAACUGGGCGGCCAAAGGGCUAACUUCGGCCUCCUUGUCCACCAAAAGCUUCCCUUUUUUCAAUUCCAUGAACGUCAACCCUUUGUCAUCGCAGACGAUGUUCUCGCCGCCGAACUCCAUCUCUUCAAUGAGCAUGACCUCCAGUAUGGUGCCGUCCUCGGUUACUGGCGUACCCGGUUCGAGCCUCAACAGCCUCAAUAACUUAAACAACCUUAGCAACCCCUCUCUGAAUUCGGGAGUUCCCACGCCAACCUGCCCGUACGCCCCGCCGACCCCUCCUUAUGUGUACAGGGACACUUGUAACUCCAGUCUGGCUAGCCUGAGACUGAAAGCCAAGCAGCACUCGAGUUUUGGAUACACCAGUGUUCAGAAUCCAGUCUCAAAUCUGAGCGCGUGCCAGUACGCCGUGGAUAGACCAGUGUAA